GUUGCAUCCAUGCAACUGCCGAAGCAGAUCUCAGCCCCCUACAUCGAAGUCUAUUUGAAGAUCGCACAUCAAUAGGACGUAAAGAAAGAUCCUAGCAGUUAAGUACGUGAAAACGCAUAGUGCUGCGCCUUGGCUCCUCAGUGAUCACGCUUUGCAUGAUCGACAAGGUAAUCACGAUCAGACUUUGUCGGUUUUGAGGAUGUGUCUUGAUAAUCCAUAUUCGACGAUAUACACACUUAUACGCUUGCCUGCUUAAUACGCACACGUGCAGUCUACUUAUUCGUUCCACUGUCGUGGGACUAAUUCUGUUUGCUCAACAAAACAUAAUUCUCAUCCAACUGACUUAUUGUAGGUAGCGUGGCAGCUGUUUGCUUCGCAAAGAUCAUUUUACUUUGACAGACUCUAGCGGUAUAUCAAAAACGAAAUAAGAAAAACCCCAACACAUCUAGAAAACGUAAAAAUCCAUUGGUGGAAAUUCCCGUGAGUUGUGAAAUCAGAAUCUUCAUGUAGAAUCUAUCUUUUUCGAAUAUUUUUCCCGAUGAUUAGAGGGGCGGAUUGUAACUUCUAUCUCACUAUCAAACGACCCAUUUUAUUUGAAUGAUUACACUGUAAAUUUUGAUUUUCUGCUACGCCGAAAACUCGGCUUUCCUAUCUCGAAGGCGAAAAUCGCCACUCUGUACAAUGGCAGGUGUAGAUGACCAACAUCCACCGGCGUCUGUGGGUGGGAUGAACCAUCCAACGUCCAAUGCCGACUCUGGGCGGCCCCGUUUGCACCUCCGGUCGUACUCGUAUGACGAAGAAGAAAACCAGGGCUUUCAGCACAAUAACCCGGAGCAGGAUCAACCCCUCCUCGUAUCGAGAAAGCCCUCGUUUCAGGCGAGCGGCGCGCGUGCAGGUGCCGCGGGGGGCGGAGGCGUCGCGGCAGUGCUGCUGUCGCCGGUGUUUUUCAUCAUGGUCGCUGCAGUUUGCGGAGCGGGCUUCCUCACGUGGAUUAGUACAACAUAUUUUCUGUGUACUUAUAAGCGUUUUUUAUGGUGUCUCGAUUGCAUUGUGUAGCCUGACUUUUUCAGGAUGUUGAUGAUGUCGCACUUGUAUUCGUUUUUGCCUUGGAGGUCGUUUGAUGAACACCUCGCCGACGGCGAGGACGUUGUUGGAGCGAUACAUUUAUGACUAUGUAUUCGUUUGCAUGAUGAAAACGUAACAACAGUUGCUGCCGGAGCGAAGGGGGUGUUCAACCCGGGACAGAAUAAGGGCAGCAGCGGGUUUCUGGCCACGCAGGAGCCUUCUGUUGUCGAGCUCCAGCAGCAGAUGAUGGACGGUUUGUCUGCUCUUGCAGACGAUCCAGUGGACCCAGCGCAGCAACAGCGGGUUCCCGUGAAGUGCAAACACUUGCCGCUGGCGAAUCUUCCCGCCCACGACGUUGAGACCGCGCUCGGCCGGGUCUGCAAGCAUUCGCACUUCGGCCCCAAAACGUGUGAGACGAAGAUUUUCGAUUGGGCUGCGUUUCGGCUGCUCCCGAAGGAGGGGGACGACCUCUCCACGUCCGAACAGGGGGAUCCGAAGAACCGAUACACUUUUCUGGUGCGGAACUGCUGCAAGUCGUGGGAAGAGGAGGGAAAGGACUUGGUCGCCAUGCUGAACGAUGGGAGCAGUGGCGGGCACCCUUCCCAGAACACGAGCACGCGAGAUCGCGCGCGGUGGGAAGCGGUGAAAAAAGCACUGGUUUCGCAGGGAUUGCCGGAAGCAGCCGCAGCAAGCCUGGUUGGAAAGCUGCAGCAGGAGCCGUCGACGCCACAAACGCCGACGCCACAACCGCCGACGGCACAACCGCCGACGGCACAACCGCCGACGGCACAACCACCGACGGCACAACCACCGACGGCACAACCACCGACGGCACAACCACCGACGGCACAACCACCGACGGCACAACCACCGACGCCUCAACCGUCGACGGCACAACCACCGACGCCUCAACCGUCGACGCCUCAACCGUCGACGCCACAACCGUCGACGUCACCAACGCCGACGGCACAACCACCGCCGGCACAACCGGCGAUGCCGCAACCACCGACGCCACAACCGCCGAUGCCGCAACCAUCGACGCCGCAACAACUGCCGACGCAACAGCCGCAAUUACAGCCACAAGUACAGCCGCAACUACAGCCGCAACUACAGCCGCAACAGCCACUGCAACAACCGCAAGAGGCACUGCAACAAACGCAACAGCCACUGCAACAGGAGCCAGCGCAGCAGCAUGACGGGGAGAAUGCGCAACAGCCGCUACAACAACCGCAGCAGUCGCUACAACAGCCGCAACAGCCUGCACAACAACCGCAGCAACAGCAGCACGGGCAGCCGCAGAACGGGCAACAACAGCCUGCGCAGCAGCAGGCGGACGUCAGUGCACAAGAUGAACAGCCGGCCCAGCAGCAGCAGUCACAGCAACAACAGCCGGACGAACAGCCGGCACAGCAGGCACUACAGCAGCAGCAAGAGCAGCAGCCGGCACAACAGCAGCCGAGUGUGGAAGAGCCGCAGCACCAGCAGCGACAAG